AGGAUAAAUGUUAUGUGAACCGCGUAAAUUUAGUAUAUAUUACAAAGAUUGUAUUUCGCAUCGCCGUUGAGGUGAGGUUGUUACAAAAAUAUGAACCACAAUUACUUGACUAGCCAAAGUCCAUGUACUAGCUGAUAUUGUUUUAUACUUAUACAUUGUAAGUGGAAGUAGAAGUAGAAGGCGAUGACGGUAUGAACAUUCAAACGGUUGCAGGGUCGAACUAUGCAAGCAAAUGUUUGGCUAAUAAACCGGUUCUUAUUGCGCUCUAUCAAUUACGCUAAUUAUUUUUCUGUAGAAUUAUUAGUUGUAAAAGUUCUAUGUACUUACACUUAACAAGCGUACCGAAUAAAAAGGUGAAAUUGGUGCAAAAAAAAAUUAAAAAUCAGAAAACUUGAUAUUUGUAAAAUGAGCCUAUCAAGACGUAAUACAAAGGCCAAUGCAAGUAUAUUUCAGUAGCAAAGAAAAAAGUUAAAAAAAUACAUUAAUCAAUCUUCGCCAAAGAUAGUUGCGUAUUCGAUUGAAUUAACCAAAAAUGUCUAAUGCGAAUGAUUCAGCAAAAAGCCGAUCGACCGAUGUAAAAUAUUUGGUAACUCAGGAAGGCUUUUCGGAAGAAAUCCAACAAUCCAAUCUUUUUCACAAAUUUAACGCCAAAGUGCCUGCGCGGUUUGUUUUAUAUUUUCUAUCAUGUUCAGGAUUUUUGGUCUCGUUUAUGAUGCGUAACGAUAUAAACAUAGCAUUAGUUGCUAUGACAGCCAAGAAUUCAACGCGGCUAACUGAAAUAUUCCAAACAAAUGAAAGCGCUACGCUCUCAUCUGCAUUAGCUAGUGGGGAUACAUUUGAUUGGUCGCCAACUGUUAAAUCUGUGAUCGGAGGCUCCUUUUUUGUUUGCUAUGUACUAUCUCAGGUUGUAGGCGGUGUUGCAGCUCAGCAUUUUGGUACAAAACACGUUUUUGGAUGGUCCCAGUUUGCCACUGCAUUCGGAAGUUUAUGCAUUCCAUUUGCGGCCGACUUACAUUAUAGCGUCGUUAUAGCAAUACGGUGUAUACAAGGAUUUGCUUCGGGCUUGACAUGGCCUGCUAUGUACGCAGUAGUCGGUUAUUGGAUACCCCUGUCCGAGCGUUCCCGGUUCAUGUCGAGUUUCCAAGGAUUUAGCAUUGGCAUAGGGCUGACGUACGUGAUUUGUGGAUUCAUAAUCGAUAAUUUCAGUUGGCGCUAUGCUUUUUUUACGACUGGCUCCCUAGGAAUGCUCUGGUGUUUUUUGUGGUAUAUGCUGGCAUACAAUACACCACAUGAACACCCGCGCAUUACGGAUGAAGAGCUCGAAUAUAUCGAAAUGAAUAUUGGUGUCGAAGUUAAAGAGUCUGUGGGUAUGAAAGUGCCAUGGAAAUGUAUAUUUACAUCGCUGCCGGUCUGGGCUAUUAGCAUAACGACAUUUGGGCGCAUAUGGAUCCAUUACGUUUUUAUUUUCUAUGGUCCAAGUUUCAUGACAAAUAUCUUAAAAUUUCCUUUUCAAGCAAAUGGUUUUCUCUCUGGCAUGCCAUUCAUAUGUUCUUAUUUAUCGUCGGUAGUAUUUUGCUGCAUAGCUGAUAAAAUGGUUCUAAAAGAAGUCAUGAGCUUAACAAAUAUUCGCAAGCUUUUUACAGCAUUUUCACAAAUAAUUCCUGGCAUUUUAAUUUUCAGUAUUGGUUAUAUUAACAACAUAGUAGUGCUAUUGAUUAUAUGGUUUAUUGCAGUAACAUACAUAACUGCAUCAUAUGCUGGUGCUAUGGCUAACAUUGUGGACAUUGCUCCCAACUUAGCCGGCCAAGUCUUGGCGUUUUGUCAAACAAUUCAUAUGUCUGCAUCUUUUUUAUCGCCUUUGGCUGGCGGUUUUAUAGUCACUUCAGAGGGUUCUAUUGAGGAGUGGAGAAUACUAUUUGGAACAUCAUCAGUAAUAGCCAUUGUCACCUAUAGUAUUUAUCAAAUUUACGGAACAGCGACAAUUCAAAAAUGGAAUUACUUAUCGACUAGCAAUUCAAACUCGUCGGAAGAAAAUAAUAUACUUAAUAAUAAAGACACUGAAGAUAACAUUCCAAUAGAUGUUUAGUAUUUUCAGAUUUAUGGAAACGCAGAUAUUUAACGAUACUGUUAAUUUUAAAGAUGCAUUGUAUUAUGAUUUGUUUUUAAUUGUAAUGUUAGAUUCUAACUACAUUUGAUAUGUUGAUAAGAAUUCAUAAAAAUAUUGAGUUAUUCUGCACAAAUAUUGUUAUAGAUUUCUUUUCUAAAAUAAAAAAAUACCUGUCAAACAGUAAGGUUAGGAUGAAUUUAUGAAAACACUUUAAAUGCGAAUACUAAGGAAAACCGCUAGGCUUCGAAGGUGAUAUGGAAAUGACCAACCAUGAAAAAAAUCAAAACAUGUCCACUUAAUGUAAAUCUACUCCUUUUUCUUUGGCACUCAACGCAUCGGGAAAUAUGUGUGACGGACGAAAUCUAUUAUACGUGAAUAGAGCGUUAAGUGAAGUCGUAAAGGGCAAAAUAAUAUCCAACAAAAUAACAAGUUUAACGAAUUUUAGCUAGCGUAAUAAAAUAGUAUGCAAAACCAAGAAAUAUUGUCUUAUUGUUUUUAUAUAUGUUGUAUUAUAUGUCUUUAUCUGCCUGAGUGGCUGAAUAAGCAAAGGAUCUCGACCAACAACUUAUUAGGUCUUUAUCAAUGUGUACGGAAGCCAAAUUAUUUAUACCUUACAUCCGGUUUUUAUCCUAUAACCCUCAUAAUAUAUUGACCAAAUCUCUCGUUUUAUCGGAAAUACUAGUCGCUUAUCAGAAGUGAAAAAUACAAAUUUUUCAUGGGCACCCCUGAGGAUUUGGCAAGUGAGACCAGAGUGAAAACAGCAUGGGUCUCCGCAGUAUAUACAAAUUCAGCAUUUUUUACUCAGGUAGGAGAAAGAGAGCAGCUUGAUUUUGCCCUUUCAUUUGUAGCAGUCGACGUACGCACCAGUAAAUUGAUAAGUUAUUAUUUUUUUUAUCGGCGUAUCACACUAGUUGAUUUCAUUUCGCCUGCCCGAGCAUCACUUUUUCGUUUGUUCAUUGUGGACGGAUUCACUGUUGCAAAAACUUGAUAAAUAGUUGAAUUUUGAAGUAUACUCUGCCUGAUAGUAAAAGAAGUAGCGAAAACCAUCUUGACGCAAAUGGAAUAAUGGCUACAAAAGAAAAAAGAUAUUGAACAAUCCAUAGCAGAUAUUGGUUUAAAAUUUAAUAUCUAUUUAUAUAAAAUGACGAAGAAAAUCCAUGUGCUUGUACGAAUUGCUACGAAUUAGUGCAUGUAAACAUAUAUUGUUGGCCUGAUGUCAUAUGAUAUAUGUGAUGAGCGUCACACAAAAGAAUCAGAUGAGCAUCCUGUUUUUAGAUGCAGUAACUUCAACAACACUAGACAUUCGUUUGAGAUUUUCGGUAUAGUAAUCUGUAUGAUAUAUUUCUUUAAACUUUUUGUCUUGUUUAAUAGUAUUUUCGCAAAUUUUAUGAAUCCAAAAAUCAAUAAUUCCUAUACAGGCAUAGCCUGAUAUCUAUCUGCGGGACUUAACUUCAUCACGGACAGUACUGAAUGGACUAUUACAACUUGAAUAAUUACUAAUCAAGACAGGUUAACAUCAUUGAAUCAUUAAUAAAUCAAUAAUAAUCAUCAUUUUUCUCUGUUGUCAUCUUUUUCGCUAUUAUCAACUUGAAGCUCUAAAGAAUUUGUUUCAAAAAUUCUAAACGUUACUGGUAUAUAUAUAAGUUUUACAAUUUACGGACCUGAUCCCUCCUUUAUGUAUCAAAUCAAGUAAGAAGAUUAUAGUCCCGCAAUGCCGACUGUUAGAUUUUGUCUCCAUAUAACAGUUGGCGUUUCGUGAUAGCGUCUAUAUAUAUUGGGGUCCAAAAAAAUAGACAUUUGUGAUCGGAACUCCCUACCGCUAAAUUUUUUGCUGAAAUGCUACUAUGAAUUAAUUGUUAUCAUAAAAUAUUAAAAAUUAAGCCUUUUUUCAAAGCGCCUACUACUCAUGAGAUAUUUUAUAUGGAAAUAGAAAUAAACCCAUGUUGUUAAAAUUAGGCCCACUUAAUUUUUUUACUGCCUUAUUGUCAUGAACUAAUUUUCUUCAAAAAUUAACAAUGAGGCCUUUUUGACAUAUAAGGGUUUAAGUUUCAUCAGAAUCUUUAUAUGCCGCGGCAACCAAAAAAUAGACCUAUAUAGUUCAAAUUCGGUAAGGUAUAUUUCUUUGUCAAUGAGCCAAUUUUCACCUCAAAAUGUUGGAGAUUUGACAUUUUUACUCUAUAAAGAUUCAGUUUUCGUAGGAACGCUUAUAUGAGUGGCGGUUCAAAAAAUUGUCCCAGCCGGUCGAAAGUAUUCGUACCAAUGCCGUUACCACUACUGCACUUUUGCCGAAAAUUUUUGAAGAUUGCAAUUUUUUUCCAAAUGGCGACUUUUCAGAAUAGGAUGUUGCAUGGGGAGUGGCCGCAAAAGUGGACCGAUCGAAGCCAUUUUGAACAGCUUUCGUGUUUAGGUCAAGAUCAUCAAAAUAUCUCAAAAAUUGCGACUUGCAGCUUGAACAGAAGAAAACAUGAACAGACGGACAGACAGAUUUAUAUCGGAUUAGAAAAUGACUCGGAAUCGAUCGGUAUAAUAAAAGUUCGGUUUAUCUUAAGCGUUUCUAGAUGUUACAUACGUCCGUACAAAUUUAGUGUACCCUGCAUCACAAUAUAUAUACAUAUUGUGGGAGACGAAAUAUCCCUAUUCCGAUGUUGCAACUAGUUUGACGUCGUCCCACAAGUUCCUUCUGAACAGAUUUAUGUCUAGUGUUUACUCAACAUAAUAUUGUGCACACUAGUUUUCCUUAUAUUUUCUAAAAAUUAUUAUUCGUAAAUGCUUACCUCUAUAGUUCAAUAAUUCUUAAGACUGAUUGUUACGCAGUUUUGUUAUUAUUCGCAAAUAGAAAAUCGAAAUAUAAAUUAUGUCAAUGUAUUGUUUUUGUUAAAGAAACUCAAUAACCAAAGGCAGUCAAGAAUUUUCAAACAAUCAAAAGGAAAGAACUCAUCCAUUAAUUUUUGACCAUUUCCUCCAUUUAUCAUCCGAUACUUGGACAAGAUAAAGAGAGUUAUCAGAAUGUUGGAAUUGUGAUAGUAUUUACGAAAUUUUUUCAACUUAACCUGUUAACUUCGCUCAGCCCUGUGACAUGUUAAUUAACAGCGCGAAAAUGGAAAUGAUAAAUAUAAAAAAAAACACUUAUUCUAGUACGAUGAACUUUUUUAGCAAAGCUCGUUUUGAUUGUCCAUCCGCUGUAUAAUCACUUUCCCAUAAGCUUGUUCUUUACGUCUACUCAAAAUGGUGUCAAAAGAGUUAUAAUAAAGUUAUUAAUAAAAUAUUAUUAUUAUUAGUUUAGCCAGAGAAGCAAAUUCCAUGACUAAAGUCUUAAAGCGCUAGCAUCUAAGACUGUCAGCUUUGUUGAAAACACUACCGCACGUAAGGAUUGAACUUACGACCAAUAUUUUUUGAUAUGUUUUAAGAGCCAACGAUUUUCAAAACAAUUCAUAGACAUGCAUCCCCAAACCAUGACAGAUGCUCCAUCAUGCUUUACAGUUGGCAAAAUACUUCCUUGUUUACUCUUUGUUUAUCAUCGUUUCCGAAUAUAUUAAACUCAGACUCGUCGCUAAAAAUAACAUUUUUCCAAAAAUUUAUAUAAUUAUUUCGUGGAGUUUUGUAAAUGGCUUUUUCCUUGGAUUGCGGUCUUGAAACAAUCAAUAUGUAAUUCUUUAAACACGUAAAUACUCUCUACCGCAACACAGUUAUUAAAGCAUAUUCAGAAGUGUUUACUAGGAUAGGACUUUUAAAAACCAAAUGUCCAUUGAUAUUAAAACCAAGUGUAUGAAUUGUUGUUGAAGCACCUCGUGAAAUACCAUUUCUUUUGCAGGGAGAGCUAAAAAUGGAGUUACAAAGAAUGGAUAUAUGAUAACACCGAUAGAAGAUUGAAGCGACUGGGUCAACUCUGUAAUUUUAGUAGAAAAAACUAAUGACCAAUAACAUAUGUGUUUGGAUUCCUGGCCGCCAAAUAAAGCAAUAUGUAGAGAACACUACCCAUUUGCCAACGUACAAAAUUGUAAAGCCAAGUAAUGCGAAGCUCUUCAGAUAUCAAUAGUGGGUUUGGGUUGGUUCCCUUACCCCUUUAAAGUAUAUACAUUGUUAAAUAUAGAGGGUAUAAACACUCUUCGGAAAAUAUCGGUUCUUAAGAUUACCUAUCUACAUUAACAUCGCGCCCGAGAUAUUUCAUACCAAAAUUAUUAAAAUUUUUGAGUUUACAGAACGAUUAAUAAUUUAUAUAGACGACAUGCGCGUAAUUAAAUCCAACAUGACAAAUAUUGGAACUGCUCUUACUACAUGCGAAGGAAAACGGUUUGAAAUUCAAUAAAAACAAAUCAAAGUUGUUUAAAAAGUUGAUAUCAUUUUUAGGAUACAUUUUUAAUGACAACGGCGUAAGACUGGACUCGAAAAAAUAUAAAGCCGUAUUUCAAAUGCGAACUUUUGCCAAUACUAAAGAGUUACAAUGCUCUUUAGGAGUGGUUAAUUCUUUAGAAUCAUUUAUUUCAAACUUAUGUUCUCAUAUGAAAAAAAAUUAUUCGCCAGAUUGCACUAUAUUUAACCAAAAAAUUUUUGCGGAAAGAGAUCAUAAACCACUUGUUACUGCAUUUGGCAAACUUUUAUAUAAAAUACCUUCAAGAUCGCAGAAAUUUAUUUUAUUCUUACAAUGUUAUGCCUUAAAUGUCAUAUACGAGCCUGGUAAAUACUUUUUUACAGCUGAUGCACUCUGAGUCCCCUCUUAAAGAAAAUAUAGUAACAAGUUUUGACGUAUUAAACGAAAUAAAAAAUGAAACCAUAAACGAUACAAUUCGGAAAAAAAACGGUUGGAUUUAUAAGAAACAAGUAAGAAAAUUAUAUUUGGCCAUGGCCGAAUCUUUUACACCCAUCACGGCAUCGAAAGCUUGACCCCAUUUCAAAUUCUUCAGCCAGUUUGUAGGCGAUAACCUCGUUUUUGUAAGAAUGUUUACCACUACAUGGUUACGCAGACGGACAGAUGGCCAGAUGAAGAGCGGAUAUAUUUAGGUGCAUUCUGAAUUUGAAACUGACAAAGAAUGUAUAUACUUAAUAGGGUUUCUGAAGCUUGUUUCUCUGCACUAUAAAGAUCUUCCCAUUUUUGUAGAGGUACUAAAACAUCGCCCAUAGAGUAUACAUUUAAAUUUUUGUAGAUUUAUCUAUUAUAGUUUAUGAGUAAUGAGCAAACAAAAUGAAAAGCAGAGGUGUCCUUACUUUACGUAGUGCAUUUCCAAUAUAAACUUACGUACAAAAACAAAUUUGAAGCCAAUUACGCAGACGUUACACAGACGAACAUGAUUACAUCGAUUCAGAAUUUGAUGCUGAUCAAAAAUAUUUAUACUUUGCCGGGUCUCUGAAGCCUCCUGGGCGUUGCAAACGUUUUGACAAACCGAAUAUACCCGGUAUUCUCGGUGUUUCUAUAUACAGAAAGCGAGAUGAAAUAUAUUACUUGUGACCAAAUAUAUUAUUGAAAGGCAUAUUUACGCAAAACCCAAAAAGGACGCAUCGGUGGUAAAGUCCGCCGUUGUUUUAUAUAAGUUUGGUGAACUUCGCACCAGAUCUUACGGAAAAGUAAAAUUUGGAUCACAGAGGGAGAAUACUUUAGCAGUAUUAUUUAAAACGUGGACAUUCUGCUUUCUAUGGAAUCAGUGACUGUAAUCAAAUUAAUGAAUGCAUGAAUUAAUAACGGACAACAUAUAAGAUUAUUGUUUACAGAAUAUAAAAAACUAACAAACAACCUGUAACACCCUACACUACAAAUCUUCGGUAGAAAUAUUGGAGAAGCUAAAAGUGGCGUAUUUCUUUAGUUUAGUAUUAGUGUGAGCAUUUUGUGCGACUGGCUCUUUAACCAUAGCCUGUUUCAAAAGGUUUGAUUGCAGUGCCAAUUUUAACUUUAACAAGUUUAGGUUCUUUUGAAAUGAUUGUAAAUGGGCUAUCAUACAGUUGUUGAAGACUCUUUAUGUUAGUAUGGAGGGCAAAAACAAACCUUCAAUCUUUGCAUGGCUUGGGAAAAUAAACUUUAGCUUCCGAAUCUGUACGAUGGAUAAUGCCCGACUAAAUGGUUUGAAAAUAUUUGCUGAUGUUGCUCAAAGGUUUUGAAUUAUUCGUAUGGUAUGUUGUAGCCAAUAUUGCGCUAUGCUAACGGGUCUCGCUGGUAUAUUUUCUUUGCUAACAGAUCUCAACCCCAAAAAUUCCAUCGGAAGCUCGUCAAUCCAUUUUGUUGGAUUAUGCCUAGUAGUAGUACUCCUUUCAAUCGCCUAAGAAAGCAUUCUGCUACGCCAUCAGCCCGUGCAUGAUACGGGCAGAUGUUAAUUCUGUGACUACCGAAUAACUGUAACGAAAACUGUGUUCCCCGUUCGUCAGUUCCCUCAGGAAAAAUUCAAAACGUGGAUCGUAAUUAUUUAGAAAUGCCAACGCCACUCGUUUUUGAGAUUCCCUUGAAAUAAUAGCCAUGUUAUCAACAUUUUGCUCAUUAAAGAGUACUUUUAGAUUUCAAACCACACAUUUUAGACCAUGGACUUGAAAAGCUGGCGAAAAUGUAUAUGGCGCAACAUUGGUGCCUCUGCGUAUCUAUUAAAUGUUAUUAGUAAGCGAGGAAAUGCAUUCCCUUCGACAGGCCUAUCAGAGAUUUCUAUCUCUUUUAGAUUUUGAAGCCGUUGUUACCGAUUCAUGAUCGGCAAAACCGGAAAAUUUUCUAUGUUCCAAAAUAUGUCUGAAACCUUUGUCACCAACAAAGGUCGCUCACAGCAAGUGAUCAAAUGUACCAUAUGUAGAUGGGAACCCAAUAAUCUCAUUCACGGAAUGUUUCAGUACGCUAUAUACUGCAAUAUUUGAAGCAUUAACCGCUAAAGAUAAAUCUACCUCAUUGCUUAAAUGAUUUAACAAAAUUUUCAGUAGAAUAUCUCCUUAAUAAGAUCAAAAGAUUUGAGGCCCUGUUCAUCCCAUAUAUACUUAUUAAUUAUAUCGUGCAUCGGAUAAUUCAGAUCUGCUAACUUAGGAAUAUAUCCGUGGUCAAAAUUGAUCAUUCCUACAAAGUUCUAAACUCUUUUAAUGAAUUUUGAACCUCCUUAAUGGCAGCUAUCUUGUUCUUAAAAGGCUUGAAAGUAUUGUGACCGAGAAAAUCCAUGCUUCAAACUCUGAAAGUGGACGUAUUAGGUUUAAUGUUUAAGCCAUACUCAUCAAGCCGAUUGUAUAUUAAUGUUAAAUGUUCUAAAUUUUUUACAACCAGAACAUGUCAAUGUAUGCAGAAAUUAAGCCUAGGCCUCUGAACACUCCAUUGACAAAUCUCUGGAGCACCUGCUCUGGAUUCCGCAACUGAAAAGGUAUUUUUGAGAAUUCGAUUAUACCGAAUGGCGCUAUGAUAGAUUUUUACAAAUGUGCUUUUCAUCCGUCGAAAUUUGAUGAUUUAGGAAGACAUGCUUUUUUAAAGUUUCAUAUCGAUCGAGAAUCGAGAUCGUAUGAAAUCUCUGGAUCUUCAGUCCUUAGCAAACGCAUUGCCGUAUGUUUUCCCGGCUUGGUGUAAUCCAUUUUUGCGGCUAAGUUCAAGUAGCUCCAUAAUAGUCAUAAAAAUUUAUUUUCUAUUAAAAGCAAUGUUAUGUCUAACAUAUUUUGUAUUCAGCCGCUAUGGCGUUAACAAAUAUUUGAGUUAGUGGGUCUACUAAGCACUUGUGCAUCAAUUAGAACACCGCAAUUGCUGCAGAAAUCAACCUCAAUAAUUGGUUUGGAGAUGUCAAUAAUCAAAACAAGAAAAUGAACGGAAGCUCGCGGCGAAGAUGCAAUAAGCUGGUGAUUGGGCUGUUGGCUGCUUUUAAAAUGAUAUGGGACGAUUUCUUUUUAUUUGGAAAAGAGGAUAAUGGCAGAACAGAAACUUCUGCAACACUAUCAUUUAAAAAAUUUUACUUAUUGUCCCCGUCAAAUACUAAAACGUUAUGGAUACUUAAUAGUUUCAUAACCGUCGUAACUAAGCGUUCUUUCCACACGGCAUGUUUGCAUUUUCUGGCUUUGCCUGCAAAAAUAUGGUAGUAUACGCAAAGCCAAGUAGGCUUAUUUUUUGAUCAAGAUCUAUCGUAGGAACGAGAUCUAAAUCUAGAAUAGCAUUGAUUCAGCUGCGUUUUCAAGCUUCCGACCUCAAGAGUUAAUUUCUUUCAUAUAAUACUUUUAUACAAUAAUGCUUCAGAAGUAAAGAGGUUUUGAAUGGCCGCAUCACCCUCGUUUGUUGAGUUUAACGCAACAGGAUUUGAAAAAUUCGAUACUUGCUAAAUAUCGUCCCAACUUUGAUCAGUUCUUUAUAUUUUGAUACUAGAAUCAAUAAAGGAGACGUUUAAACUUUUAGUCAAUUUCUUUUACUAUAAUCUUGUGGUGUCGUUAAGUCCUUGUUUGUCUAAAGCUGAUACACAAGCAAUCACUAUGAUAAAAAUAUUCCGUAAUAAGGACGUAAGGGAUCGCAAUUUAUUUUUAGUUAGAAAUCCGAAUUUUUGCUGCAAAAACCUAUUAAUUAAUUCCAGAUAUGCGAAUAUUUUGCAGGCCCAGCAACUUAUUUACAUUCUAAACAUGCCUUGACAGGGUUAGCAUCAAUGUUAGAAAUAUUAUUAAUACAAUUACAAUACCCUCUCUACGAUCUCAACUUAGCUUAAAACAUGUAUUUCCGCGGAUGAGACGAACGAUUUUGGACCAUUUUCGCUGGUUUUAAUCUAUUUGCCAAUACUGUUUCUUCUGAGCCGUUUACUAUAAUUACAAACGUUUUAUCCGCCCGUUUAAUAAGUUUGUAAGAGUGAGUAUAAGGCUUCAACAUGGAAUCAGUGGUUCAAAGCAGAUAGGAACAUGUUGUCAUGGCUCGAGGGACACACCAAAGCAGUAUCAGCGUUUAUUAGAUUGCGAAGUCCCAAUAGUAAUAGUGAUAAAACAUCUGUCCAUUUUGUUGCAAUGUGACAUUUAAUCGCAUUUUUUAAAGUUCGAUGGGUCUUUCAUUUCAGCCCUCUCUUUGAAGGUGAUAAGAUGCUCUAUGGACGCAUUUAGAACCAAGCUCUUUGGCGAAUUCUUGGAAUAGAAUUGAUUGAAACUAUCCGCCUUGAUCAGUUAUAAUUUGGGUGGAUACAUCAAGACUAGAAAUGCAGCCAUGACAGAAAUCCUUAGCUGCUACCUCUGCAAUAGUCUUUCAAACGUAUGGUUUCCGGCCAUCUUGUGAAUCUGUCAAUACAUUUAAGACAAUGCCUAUAAUGUUUUGAAGAAGGAAUAUCGAUGAAUUAUAUCGAUGUUUAUGUGUUUAGAAAGUUCUUCAGGGAUCUCUACGUUACCAAUUGGCGUUUUGGUUUGACAAAAUAUGCAAGAUACUCGGUACUCGGUGGCAUAUGGUUGUAAAACUGCUCCCAUACCGAAUCCAAUGCGAUAGCGGCGAUCCUUCGACCAAAUAUGGUAGAAGUGAAAUGUCGAUAAGUUGCUUUUUGCAACCGUCGAACGCGUUUCUUAAUUGAUCUAUUCAAAAAACUUUUGCUUUAUUGUUUUUCUUUUUGACAACAUACACCCAACUGCAUAACAUAACUAAAUUCUCUUUGACAACUUAAAGUUUUUCAGGAGGUAAUCUGCGCGGUUUACAGUGAACGAAAAGUCCCUUCGUUUCAGCCACGAGCCACUUUGUAUGCGGUCUUGGAGGUUCGUUUGGACAACUCAGUAAUUUGGGCCUGGAUAUUACAACGCAUUUCAUGCGAAUUUGGCGAGAUCACUGUGCUUACUGACAAUGUAAUUAGUCGUUAUUGUUGUCUGCCAUAACCGCGACUUUGUUUAAGCUGUCUGAGCUGAUUGACAAGAUGAUCAAUCGUUAACGUGACAUCAAAGUGACUGGAGAUUUCAACAUACAUAACAAGCGGUGGCUUGGCCAUGCGAUCCACACGCGGAAGGCGAUUACGGCCUUAGAGGACUGUUUGACACAGUUUAUAAAUGAAUCAAUGCAUUUUCCUAGCGUGGAACCAUUCAACCUCUGAAAAGCAAAUUGUAACGAGAAGAAGAGCAAACUUUAGUUACAACCAGCAGGAACAACUAAACUUAUUAUUUAAAGUAUCGCUUUUUUUUUCGGCCUGCCAGAAUACGAAUAUUUAUCACGUCCAGUAAAAAUGGCGAAUAACACUCCUUUUUAAAGUUGGAAUGUGUACAAGCUUAAGACGACCCUCGUAAGGUGUUAAUGGUAAUAUAAAGGUUCAUCCCAAGCUAUGCAAAGCAAAUUUCAAAAAAAUUUUACACUCACUCAGCUUCACCAACGUAACACCGGCAGUUUCGGGACGAUACUAUGACUGAAUCCUCCAAGGUAGGCCUUACAAGUGAGAUACACAGCUAGCCCAUUUGUUAGGCUAUGGCCAAAGUAAGUGUCAUUAGAUUUGGGCUAAUCCUGAAUACACCACAGUAGAGCUUGCGUUUUAUUAACGGACGAUUGAACCUGGAAAUUAGAGUUCAAUUUAGGGUCGAGUGCAACCCCCAAAUCCAUGAAAUCCUCACCGUAACGUGUGCUUCUGCUUAAUAAUUUUUCUUAAGAAUGCAACCGUGCGUCAUAUGGAAACGGAAAGACGUGCACAGUUCGACGUGAAGAACAAAGGAUGAGAAAGAAAAAAUUGAUUGAAAACGUAAAGAAAUUGAAUGUAAAAAAACAUGCGCAUUUUCUUUUUUUUUACGUAGGUGGCAAUAAAUUUUGUGAUGAAUCAUCGAGUUAAAUAAGUAAGGUUUAAUUCUUAGCAAAAGCAAGCAUAACACCUGAUGAAACAAAACUUUUUUUAAAUAUUAAUUGUAUAACAUAUUGACGUGGACGUCGAAAAAAAAAAGAAAAUAUAAAAUGUUAAUAGUUUGCUAAGGGCAUUUGAACAAGAAAAACAAGAGAAAAAGUGCCAUAAAUUUCAAAUAAACAUAUAUACAAGCAUAUUAAUAACCGUGUUGAGACAAUUAAUACAAAGGCAAUUAAUGUCAAAGGUAAUUAAUACAAAUCAAUGCAUCGUGCAAUCUUAUAUAUUGCUUUCUUAUAAACAAUAUAAUACCCUUAUUCUUUCAAAAAUAUGCAUGCUCGCACAAAUAAGAACAAUAAAAAUUUAUAAUCUGCUGAAAUUGCUGAAGUUUUAUGAAAAAAAAAAAUAAUAAUAAUAAAGAGAGUAUGCAUUAAAGAAUCACCCAUGAUUAAGUUACAAAUUAUUUAUACAUAUUUUCCCAGUGCCCAGUUUUAUUAACCAUGUAAAAAUUGUACUUGUGCAAAAUGGAAAAAUUAAGACAAUCCGAAUAAUUAUCGAAGAAAGCAUGUAGUAAUUGGUUUGUGUAAAAAAAAGGAAUCGAAAAAAAAAAAAAUAUUUUAUUGCUUUGUCAUGGAAACUAUAGAAAAAAAAUUUUCGAUAUCCAGUAAAAUGAAAGUUAUCGGUAUUUUUAACAAAACGAAGCUUGAAAUGCAUGUUGCAUUUAAUUUGGUGUAAAUUUAUAUCAAUUCAAUAAGCAAACAACCCUUAUAUUCUCUCCUCGCUUGUUUUUAAUUCAGUGCGCUGCAGUCAUUGUCGGUAUUUGAGUUUUGAUUGCAUAACUUUAUUUAUUUUUAAAAUGAAAUAUUGUGUUACAUAAGCAAUAUGGACAUCAUCAUAAUCAUAACCGUCCCUACCCGUGACUGAUUGCAAAGCACUUCAUACAUAUA